AAGUGAACGCAAUAUGUUUCGUGUGCUCAGUCGAACGCCGGAUCUUAAGUGAUUACCAAAAAGUCGAGCAGUGUGUUGGUAAUUGCGAAUAGAUAUGAUAGUAAAAGUGGUUGUUCUCGUAUUGUUUUCUUGGAGGGUGUUGGGUUUUCCUGACGGAGCCCCGAUUGACGCUUGUGUUAAGGACCGGGCAAAUCAGCCCAAUCAUGGACAACAUAGAACGCAACCGUUGGCAACUUUACCUUAUAGGCUGAUGGCUUCUUCAUCAGCGUACGCUCCUGAUUCUCACGUCUCAGUAACCAUCACUGGAGCAGAUACUUUCAAAGGGUUCUUUAUUCAAGCUCGGUCAGUAGAGACAAACAACUGGCUCGGCGCCUGGGAGCAAACUCCCAACACUACCGUGCAUCCAGAAUGUUCCUCCAUAACACAUGCUGAUCCGAGGGACAAGUACAGGGCUACGUUGGUAUGGCGAGCCCCCAUACAUAAUCACGGGAGAGUCUAUUUCACAGGUACUGUGCUCAAGAACUAUGGAACAUUUUGGUCAAAUCUCGUAGCAGAGGCCCCGCAAGAUCCCGCCGAUCUUCAAAUAAUUGGUUAAAA